AUGCUUCUUAUUUCAUCUACUAAGACUCUCAUUCAAAAAUUGAGAGAAGAUGGAUGGGAUGAAUUAGUUUAUGAGGUGAAAUCUUUUUGUGAACCUGUUACUAUACCUGUCCCAAAUUUUAAGGCUCACUAUACUACAAAAAGAGAAAGAAGUCGUGGUCAGCAAAAUGCAAUUACAGUGGAGCAUUAUUACAGAGUUGAUCUUUUUAAUUCAGUGAUAGACUUUCAACUACAAGAAUUAAACAACAAAUUCAAUGAUAAUACAGUGGAAUUACUCAUUCUUAGUUCAACUUUAGAUCCGAGAGAGAAGCACACAUCAUUCAGAAUUGAUGAUAUUUGCAAGUUGGUACAAAAAUUUUACCCAAGAGAUUUUACAGAAUACGAGAUGUUUCUACAGCUACACCACAAAACGAUCUUUUUCAGCUAUGAAUAUAGUGAAGACUACACUUCACAACAAGAUGAAAGAUGA